UUGCAGCAGGUAAUCCGUUGUAUCUGCAAAUAUCUGUGAAUUGAGAAGCUCAUUGUAUCUCAUAAAAUUAGUCCCUAGUUGCGCGAUCAUGACGUCUAUCCCCAAGAGCUACGUCAUAAGUGUGACAGUAGUGAUCAUCACCACCAACGCGGCUCUUCGCAUGUGAGGAAGCAGAAUGACAGAUUACUUCCCGAGUCUGGGCAAGCAUAUCAAUAUGUGCGGUAUACCAGCCUCGACAUGCCUUCCGGAACCGAAGCUGCACAGCAGAAGAUGCAAGAGGGCAUCGACAAGACCCGCCGGGCAGCUGACCCCAACGCCGGACCUGCUGGGACGAACCCCAAGCUCGGCAACACUGUAUCGAAGCUCGCGACGGGCGACACGGAAGCAUCAAAUUGGACAGCCAAGGGCGGGCCUUUGGGCAACGGUACCUCGAGGGAGAAGGAGCCCGGCGGUCUAUAGGAGACUGUGUCCGGGAUGCAGCCUACACUGGGACGGCGGACAUGGAACUGAAUUAAAGACCAGCAAUGUUCCAGAUAGGGCAACUCAUUCCUUGUCCGUUUCUGUCUAAAGUGGGUGGAUUUGUACACUACAUACAGGCGACGUGUGCAUUAUGAUCGCUAUAACCUAAAGCAGGAAAAAAGAAAAACAAAACAAAAAACGCCUGUUUGCUACAAAAUUUCCUUUCGACGCUUCCCAUU